AUGAUUCUUGACAAAUAUGACAUUGAGGAAACUCAUUAUGAGGUUCUCAGUAUUAAGGAAGAUGCAGAUUAUGAAGAAAUUCGUUCUAGUUACCGAAGUGCUGUACUCAGCUUACAUCCCGAUAAGCUAUUGAAGACAUUCAAUACAUCCGGCAGUAACCAAACAAGUACAGAGAGAUUUCUCAGAGUUCAAAAGGCUUGGGAAAUUCUAAGCGACUCAAGCUCUCGCUUAUUUUACGAUAAGCAGCUGCAAAGUUCAAGGCGAGAUGUAUUGGCUGCUGAAGUUGCAGAAGAUUUAAGCUUACAUGAUAUGGAAGCUGAAGACGCCGAUGAAGCAUUAGAACUGUUUUAUCAGUGCCGGUGUGGUGAUUACUUCUCUGUCGACUCGUUGGAAUUGCUAAAAAUGGGGUAUUCUUUGUUGAGAGAUGGAAGCGAUAUAUCUAUACUCAAUAGUGACACUUUACCAGGAUCAGUGAUACUUCCUUGUGGAUCUUGUUCGUUAAAAGCUCGUCUAGUACUCAGUGUGGAUAACCAUUGA